UUAAUAAGUUGUUUUAAAGCAAGAAUCUAAGUUUGCGUAUUGAGGGAUGUUAGCACACGUUCCAAGGUCACAAUAACCGAUGAGUGACACUUCCGCGAGGAUGACAUUGUUCGGUGAUACCCCUUGAUAUAUAAUUCCGAGUGCUGAUCAUCCUAGACCGUGCUUGACGGUGGUGGCUUGACCAUAAUCUAAACAAUAUAACGAUGAAUUUGUACACGCUUGUCGUCUUCUCGAUUCUAAUAAAACAAGGUUAUACUUUGCUUUGUCCUGCUGGGUCGUACAUCUCGUCAUAUGGUUCCAAAUGCUACCAAUGCUCUAAAGGAAGAUACCAAGACCAAAGUGGACAAAGCUUUUGCAAGUGGUGCAAUAAAGGCGAAUACAAUGUUAACCUUGGACGAUCAACCAAGUGCGAUAUCUGUCCUGCUGGCCACAGUUGUUAUAGUAUAGAUAAGCUACCGGUAAAUUGCACCAAGGGACGGUACCAAGAUCAAACAGGACAAAGGUAUUGCAAAUGGUGCAAAAGGGGCGAAUUCAACGUUCAAAUUGGACGAUCAACCAAGUGUGAUAUCUGUCCUGUUGGCCACAGAUGUUAUAGUUUAGAUGAGCUACCGGUAAAAUGCCCCAAGGGAAUGUACCAAGACCAAACAGGACAAAGGUAUUGCGUAUGGUGCAAAAAGGGCAAAUACAACAUUCAAAUUGGACGAUCAACCAAGUGUGAUAUCUGUCCUGUUGGCCACAGAUGUUAUAGUAUAGAUAAGCUACCGGUAAAAUGCCCCAAGGGAAUGUACCAAGACCAAAAAGGACAAAGGUAUUGCAAAUGGUGCAGUAAGGGAGAAUACAACAUUCAACGUGGACAAUCAGAAUGCAUUAUUUGUCCCGUUGGACAUAGUUGUAAACACGUAGACACAGCACCAGUGAAAUGUCAAAAAGGACAAUUUCAAAAUCUUCUUGGUCAACAAUCUUGUAAUUGGUGUGAGGAUGGACACUAUAGUCUUAAAAUUGGCUCAACUAAAUGUGAGCCUUGUCCUGCUGGAAGCAAAUGCCCUUAUGUCGACUCACCACCAAUACUAUGCAUUCCUGGGUCCUACUCUCCUGCGGAAUCCACCAAAUGCUUUUCUUGUCCAUCUGGUUCCUUUUGUCCAAACCCAUCACAACCACCARUUGCACCAAACAGAGAUACUGUUAUCAAAAGUGAAAUCAAAAAGGUUGUCAAGUAUGCAGCCGAAGCAAAGUAUAAUCCUGCUGUAAAUGGUUCAGGAUUGACUGACAAUAACAACAGGGUUCUUGGUUUUGUUAGAUAUAAGGGAAAUGCUAUCGUUGUAGCGUUUCGAGGAACAGCURACAUUAAUGGUUGGGUCAAUAAUGCUAAWUUUUUGAAAACCGCUUAUCAAAACUGCCAGGGGUGCAAAACYCAUAAGGGAUUUUUGAAAACUUUUAACUCGGUGAAUAUGCAGAUGUUGGCAAGAGUCAGUGCUCUGCAUCAUAAACACCCCAAUUCAAAAGUGAUCGUCACAGGACACUCGCUAGGUGGAGCACUGGCAACUUUAGCCGCCGUUGAAUUAGCAAAAGCCGGAUAUAAUACCGAUUUGAUAACCUUUGGGUCACCAAGAGUUGGGAACAAAGGGUUUUCUGAAUAUGCUGACAAAACCCUAAAAUCAAUGAAUUUAAGAGUGACAUACAAGAAAGAUCUUGUGACUGUUCUCCCACCAAAAUUGAUUGGGUAUCGGCACGUUGGACAGGAAAUCCAUUACACAGAUCAAAACACGGCCUACGAAUUACCCCCAAAGACAGACACUAAUUAUAUCAGGUCAAGCAUUGGUGAUCACAAACUUGUUAAUUAUGAAAAAUUAAACUAAAUGUCGUUAAAAUUGYGUAAUCAGGAAAAUACACGAUAUAGCCAUUGAAACAAGCAAUUAAAAAUAUCCAACUAUAUGCAUUAAUAAGAGCUCUAUUUUUUUUUAAUUUCUGAGAUCUAAGAGUCAGGUAGUCAAAUAGUAUUAUCACAGAAUAAAAUAAUUGAGGACAGCAAAAACCAUGUUAUCAUGUUACACAGCAAARAUAAAAUCUUACAAUUGUUGUUUUUGAUGUUA